UCCUCCCUUCAGCAGCUCCACUUCUUCACAUGUUCAACAGCGUCUGCCCUCGCUCCUCGCGCUUAUUAUGGACAUGUGGCUGCAGCUGCUGCUCCUGUUUGUCCACCUCUGGUUCUCCUGCUCCGCUAAUGAAGGCUCAGGACAGUACUCCUACGGAGAUGAUGAGGACUGGUAUUCUCGUCGGUAUAAAGCAUCUCCGUGGUGUGCACCCAUUAAGGUGAAACACGGCGACGUGAGCUGCCGCACGCCCAGAGGAGAGCACCACAAGAAUGUGAUGGGCACGCGCUGUAAAAUCCGCUGCAAGCAGGGAUACGAGGUCCAGAGCCCCGAGGUGGUGUGCAUGGCCAGUAAACACUGGUCGUCCAACUACGCCUGCAGAGAGGUCCGCUGUCCCAAGCUGAGCAUGCCGGCUAACGGCGGCUACAAGUGUUCGGACGGCUCCUACUUCAACUCCCGCUGUGAGUUCUUCUGCGCCGCGGGAUUCGACCUGAAGGGUCACAAGACGGCGACGUGCCAACACACCACGGCGUGGAGCGCCGCUGUCCCCACCUGCGUCGAUAAUGAGCCGCCCAAAAUAAAGUGCCCUAGUCUGAAGGAUAAGUGGGCAGAACCUGGGAAACUGACAGCGAGGGUGACAUGGGACACACCGGAGGGUGUGGACACAGCAGAUGGCAUCCUCACAGACGUCGUCCUGAAAGGGAAACCUUCAAAGUCCCACUUCCCCGAGGGCCUGCACAAGAUGUCCUACACUGUGUUCGACCGGGCGGGAAACAAAGGAUCGUGUCGCUUCACUGUCAGAGUGCGAGUGCGUCGCUGCAGUCCGCUGUUCCCGCCCGACAACGGCUACAUGAAGUGUGACAGCGACGGAGACAACUACGGCGCCACCUGUGAGUUCAAAUGCACCGGUGGUUACGAGCUGCAGGGCAGCGGUGCCAGAGUGUGUCAGUCCGGACUCACCUGGUCCGGCACGGACACGACGUGCACACCCAUGAACAUUAACGUUGGGGUGCGGACGGCCGCGGCGUUGCUGGACCAGUUCUACGAGAAGCGGCGGCUUCUCAUCAUCUCGGCUCCGACGGCCGCAAAUCACAACUAUCGCUUCCAAAUGACCAACUUACAGCACGCUCAGUGUGGACUGGACCUGAGGCACGUGACGGUGAUUGAACUGGUCGGAAUGUAUCCGGCACAGAUUGGACGGAUUCGACACAGGCUGCUUCCUCCAGGACUGGCCCUGCAGCUCAGGUUACUGCUCCGGAUCUCUCAAAGGUCCUUCCAAAUGGUGCUGGUGGACAAACAGGGCAUGGACAAGCAACGUUAUCCGUUCCCGAUCACGUCGGCCGAGCUGUUCACGACCAUCGACACUUUCCCGCAACGCAAGGACGAGAUGGUGCUGCAGCAGGAGGCGGGUCAGACCUGUCAAUCAUAAGACACGUCUGCUGUCGCUGUCCAUCCGUCAGUCAGAGCAGACGGGACGUCUCCCGUUUCUGUCCACGAGUCUCACACUCCUGCCUGAACUCAUUCACUCCUGUAUCCUGAACAUACUGUAUGUGUGUGUGUGUGUGUGUAAGUAUAUGUGUCUGUGUGUGUGCGUGUGUGUAUGUGUCACUGUUGUUAUUAAUAUUUUCAAAUCAGAAACGUGUUUUUACUAUUUUUACACAAAAGUCUUUUUACUGUAUGAACAAGAAAACCUGUCUAUGUCUAAUAUUUAUGUCUCAUUCCUGGAAUAAUGAUGUACUCUGUGAAAAAAAACAACUGUAUGUGUACGUGAGUGUGUGUGUGCGUCAGAAAGACACUGAUUAAAUAUGUGCGUCACGGA